GACCUCCAAAUGAGAUAGUAGUAGAAGAGGAGAGACGGCUUCUAUUAUAAAUCUGAGAGACCCCCCACUGAGUGACCGACCGGCUCUCUCCCUCUCUUUCUCUCUACAAAUUAGUAAUGGAGUGAGAAGCAGCAGGACCCUACACUUCUUCAAUCACCCACUGGGCCAAGUGAUUUAAUAACUUGGGAUAUCGAUCUUCACAUCGUAAAGAUGGCUGUGGGGAAGUAUUCCCGAGUUGAUGGAAGGAAGUCGUGGAAUUGCUGUUCAACGACUAGUCUGGUUGUUUUUGUUGCGUUUUGUUUAAUCGGGGUCUGGAUGUUGAUGUCAACAGUUGUUCCGAUUCAGAAUCAAGGGACAUCGUCUGAGGAGACUGUGGAUGAGGUAAAACCGCAAACGAUAACUGAUAAAAAUUUGAAGCAAGUUGAAGACAGUUUGGGGGAACUAUCAGAAACUGUAACAAAAGAGGAUGAAAAUGGGAGUGAUUUGCAGAGUGAAAGUCAUUCGGAUAUUAAGAAUGACCAAAAUGUUGAGGAUGGGUCUGUGAAUACAACGGAAGAAAAACAGGAAGAAUUGGUUUCAAGGGAGGGAUCUGAGGAGAAGACUGAGCCAGAAAGUGACAAUGGUGGUGAGGGAAAUCAGCAAGAGAAGCUUGUGGAAGAGAGAUCUGAUGAGAAACCUGAGACCAAAGAGGAAACAAAGAUUGGGGAAAUAAAUGAUCAAGAAGCUAGUUCGGGAGAUGGGGAGUCCAAUUCCGAAGCUGGAAAAACAGAGGUGGAGGAGAGUUCAGGCACAAAGACAUCUGUAGAGGAAACUUCUGAUGAAUUAAAGCAGGAAGAGGAAGCUACUGGUCAGAAUGAGAAGGAAAAGGUUGAGAAAGAUCAGGAAGAAAGUGAUACCAGUAGUAAAACAGAAGGCCAGGAAACUACAGCUGAAACUGAGCAAGGGUCGACUGAAGUCAUAGAGUCGCUGAAUGCAAAAGAAACACAACAAUCUUUGUCAGAUGAACAUAAGAGUGAGCAUGAUGAACGGAAGUGGAAAGUCUGUGAUGUCACGGCUGGGCCAGACUACAUCCCUUGUCUUGACAAUUGGGGAUCAAUCAGGAAGCUUCCAAGCACAGGCCACUAUGAACACCGAGAGAGGCACUGCCCUGAUGAAGCCUCUACCUGUCUUGUUCCUCUACCAGAAGGAUAUAAACGGCCCAUUCAGUGGCCCACAAGCAGGGAAAAGAUAUGGUACCACAAUGUCCCUCACACAAAGCUUGCAGCAGUUAAAGGGCACCAAAAUUGGGUUAAAGUUACCGGUGAAUACCUCACAUUUCCUGGUGGUGGAACUCAGUUUAAGAAUGGCGCUCUUCAUUACAUUGAUUUUAUUCAAAAAUCUCUUCCUGAUAUUGCAUGGGGUAAAAGAAGCCGUGUGAUAUUGGAUGUUGGGUGUGGUGUAGCUAGCUUUGGAGGAUUUCUAUUUGAAAGAGAUGUUCUUGCUAUGUCAUUUGCUCCCAAGGAUGAGCACGAAGCCCAAGUACAAUUUGCACUAGAACGGGGAAUCCCCGCCAUAUCAGCUGUUAUGGGUACCAAAAGACUACCCUACCCAAGUUCUGUGUUUGAUCUUAUCCACUGUGCACGGUGUAGAGUACCUUGGCAUAUUGAAGGUGGUAAACUGCUCCUGGAGCUUAAUCGUGUUUUGCGACCUGGUGGUUACUUUGUCUGGUCUGCUACUCCUGUUUACCAAAAGCUUCCUGACGAUGUUGCCAUUUGGAAAGCUAUGUCGAAAUUAACAAAGUCAAUGUGCUGGGAUCUAGUGGUGAUUAAAAACGACACACUCAAUGGAGUGGCUGCUGCCAUAUAUAGAAAACCCUCUACCAAUGAGUGCUACAAUGAACGACCACACAAUGACCCUCCUCUCUGUAGUGAAUCUGAUGAUCCAAAUGCUGGCUGGAAUGUAACAUUGGAGGCAUGCAUGCACAAAGUCCCGGAAGGUGUAUUAGACCGUGGAUCUCAGUGGCCUCUGCAAUGGCCAUCAAGGUUGCAGAAACCACCAUACUGGUUAAAGUCUCAGCUUGAUGUUAAUGGGAAAUCUGCCCCAGAAGAUUUCGUUUCUGACUACAAGCAUUGGAAAAAAGUUGUUUCUGAGACCUAUUUGAAUGGGAUGGGAAUCAACUGGUCCACUGUAAGGAAUGUCAUGGACAUGAGAGCUGUAUAUGGGGGGUUUGCUGCAGCACUAAAAGACUUGAAAGUAUGGGUUAUGAAUGUAGUCCCAGUUGACUCUCGUGACACACUUCCAAUAAUCUAUGAGCGCGGUUUCAUUGGGAUAUAUCAUGAUUGGUGUGAAUCCUUCAGUACCUACCCCAGAUCUUAUGAUCUUUUACAUGCUGAUCAUCUAUUCUCCGUCCUUAAGAAAAGAUGCAGCUUAGUGGCAGCGAUUGCAGAAGUUGAUAGGAUACUGAGGCCAGAAGGGAAACUAAUUGUAUGGGACAAUGCUGAAACCUUAAAUGAGAUUGAGAGUCUGGCUAAAUCUCUGCAAUGGAACAUCCGAUUUACUUACUCGAAAGACAAUGAGGGUUUGCUGUGCAUUCAGAAGACGUUUUGGCGUCCUGCAGACAAGGAGAAAAUUUUGUCAGCCAUUGCUUAAAUGCUUCAAUCUGCAUCUUUGACGGCCUAAGGCUUAGUCAAUACUGGUAUUGUAGCCCGUUAAGUAUUGUUUUGUUUGCUUAGCCAUUAACGUAUGAGGAUCAAGCAUCUUUAAACUAAAGCAAUUCGUUAACGUGUAAAUUUCACGUAAUUUGUCAUUCUUUCGGAGUCCCCCAGAAGCUCUCUCUAAAUAUUCUUGCAAAGUGAACUGUCGAAAAGGGGGAUUAUUUGGCUUUUGUAUCUUUAUAUUUCGAGGACAAAUGGAAACAGAUACUUGAACGCAUUAUUGUA